AUGAGCGAGCCAGUGGUCACAACAACAGCACCCAAAACAGCACACGGAUCCAAAGCCACACUCGACGAGGUUCGAGCCCGAGAGCAGCCAACAUUCUCGCAGAAAAAAGAGGCACUUCCACGUCAGACAGAAGUUGCGAAUGCAGACCAUUUGUCGCCUGCAACACGAGAAGUGGCAGAACCGGCAGAGACAUGGGACGAGAAAAGCGAAUACCUGACGGGCUUCAAGCUGGCCAUGGUGAUUGCGUGCAUGUGCCUGGCCUGCUGCCUAAUGCUCAUAGACACCAUGGUCGUCAGCACCGCCAUCCCGCGGAUUACGGACGAAUUCCACUCGCUUGCCGAUGUUGGCUGGUAUGCCACCGCGUACCAGUUUGGGAGCGCGGCUCCACAGCCCUUAUCCGGGAAGGUGUUCGCUCACUUCAGCAACAAGUAUUCUUUCCUUCUAUUUUUUCUCAUCUUCGAGAUUGGCUCCGUCCUAUGCGGGGCCGCUGUCUCUUCGGCCAUGCUCAUCGUCGGCCGCGCCAUCGCGGGGAUUGGUGCCGCGGGCAUCAUCAACGGUGCCCUCAUCAUCAUUUCCAGCUCUGUGCCUAUGGAAAAACGCCCAGGUCUGAUCGGGAUCGUCAUGGGCUUCAAUCAACUCGGUCUAGUGAUAGGACCACUGAUAGGUGGAGCUUUUACCUCGUAUUCUACAUGGCGAUGGUGUUUCUACCUCAACCUACCGAUUGGUGCACUGGUCGUCGCGGGACUCCUCCUUGUUCACGUGCCGGAGCAGGCCAAAAAGCCCCCGUCGAUCACCAUCCUCAGAAAACUGCAUCGCUACCUUGACCUCGUGGGCUCUUCCCUGUUUGCGCCGGCAGUGCUGCAGUUGAUCUUGGCUCUGCAGUUCGGAAGCACCACGUUCCCGUGGAACUCAUCCCAGGUUAUCGGUCUCUUCUGUGGCGCGGCUGCCACUUUUGUUGUAUGGCUCAUAUGGAACCGUUACAGGGGAGCGGAUGCUUUGUUGCCUGCGGCAAUGAUCACUCGCACCGCCGUGUGGACAUCGGGACUGUACCAAGCGUUCCUCAUGGCAGCAGUUUACGGCGCGAUCUUUUUCCUCCCCAUAUACUUUCAGGCCAUCAAUGGCGCAUCACCCAUGAUGAGCGGCGUGUAUCUGCUACCGACCAUUCUGCCUCAGCUUGCCAUGGCUGCGUCGUCAGGAGCUCUGAUAAUAGCUGUCGGGUAUGUAAUCCCACUGGCCGCCUUGUCCACCGUACUGCUGUCCAUCGCGAGCGGGCUAUACUCCAUACUCAGGCCGAACAGUCCGACUUGUUGGUGGGUCGGCUUUCAGAUUCUCGGCGGAGCCGGCUCGGGCCUCGGAUUACAAGUGGCCAUCAUUGCGAUUCAGACCGUUGUGACCGGGGAGGAGCUCUCAUCCGCCAUGGCUUUCGUCGUCUUUGCUCAAUCCCUAGGCCCUGCGAUUGUGCUCACACUGUGCCAACUGAUUUUCUACACUACGCUCCGCGCUGAGCUACCAAUACAGGCACCCAAUGCAAAUUCUGAGGCCAUCAUUGGCGCAGGUGCCACGGGAUAUCGUGCCAUUGUGUCUUCGGAAGACCUUCCAGGGGUUAUUGUGGCGUAUGCAAACAGCAUUGACCGGGUCUUCUACCUCGUUGCGGGCAUGGCCGCAGCAUGUGGUCUGGUGCUCUGGGGGAUGGGGUGGAAGGACCUGCGCAAGAAAGACCCUGCAGAAGCUAAACAGAAAGCCUAA